ACAUUCACGUUGGUAGGUUGUCGUCGAAAUUUUCGCCGUGCGUUCAAUGGAGUUAGUGAUUUUUAUGUUGACCACAGUCUAGUUGCUUUUCUUUUUUCUAUUAUCGGUGUGUGGCUUUUUCAUAAAUUAUCUUGGGUAAUUCAAAUUUUGUGGAAAUCAGAUUUGAAGAGUGGUUCGUUUUCGGUGAACAAUUUCGUUUCGUUUGGAAGCAAAAUAUCUUUUAAUAAGCGAAGUGAACCUAUAAACUUUGCAGUGCCGAGUGAAAAUUGAUUUUUCAGUAGAACAUUAUUCCCCGAGUUUGUGGAAGGAAACCUGCAAAAUUUUCGAGUCUUCACACCCCCCAAAGUUGGAAAAAUAAUUAAAUCAAAUUUGCUAUUGUGCAAAUCUUGUGCAACUCUUGUGCCUGCUGUUCGGUGUUGUGGGUGUCAGUGUGCUGCAGCAGCUUGAAUCGAAUUGAAUCGGUCCUCCGGUGAUGAUGCUGUGCUGCGUUGGCAAAGAAAGUGUAUUGGCAAAUUUGAUUGAUUGAUUGAUCGAUUGUGUCAGUCGCGCGAAAUCGAUUCCAGCGCUAGUGUGAAUGUGUGAAAAGUUUGAAAAACAAAAAAAAAUCGUUCGUUGGUUGAAUACUAAUCAUCAAAUUUGAUUAAGUCUAUAUCGGUGUGGCGUGAUUUGUAUCUGGUUACACACCAAGCGGAGUUCGUUAUCGUGUUUCGAGUGAAUCGGCUUCGGCCGUCAGUAGUGGGUUAAUUCAUAAGCAGAAGAAAAAUUGAUCAAUGAAUAUAAAAUUGUGUUUUUGGCCGCUGGAUAUAAUUGAUAGUAGGUACGAAAAUUGGUUCGUUGCCGUCGGUUUGGUCGGAUUGAUUGUGUAACCAUCGGCUUUCUGGAUUAACAUCGGAAAUUGGGUCUGGGAACGGGUCGAUCCAAAAAUAACAGCAACGCCCAGCCUUGUGCAACAGCAGCAACCAGCUUCAAACAGAUCGUCGUUCCCCGUCGCCUUGUGCAGCGUGAAGAAAGUUAUUCAAAUUAUCUCUAAUUGCCGCACCUGAAGUUCUGUGAGAGUGAAAGCCAAAAGAAGAAUACGCUGGAAGAAUAAAUAUUUACCAAAUCCUCAACACCGACACGGAAUCCCAUCCGGAGCGGACCGGCCGAGACCGGCACCAGAACCGUCAAAAGUGGCAAGAUGUCAGACGACGAUAAAGAGUCCUCUGUACGGGUUGCCGUCAGAAUCCGGCCACAGAUACCCAGGGAGCUGAUAGAUAUGUGCCGGGUGUGUACCCAGGUCACACCCGGGGAGCCACAGGUGUUUCUCGGCUCCGAUAAGGCCUUCACCUUCGAUCAUGUGUUCGAUAUGAACGCGACACAGGUUACUCUGUAUGCAAGCUGUGUCGAAAAGUUGAUAGAAGGUGCCCUGAAAGGUUACAACGCCACCGUUUUGGCCUAUGGACAGACCGGUUCCGGUAAAACCUACACAAUGGGUACCGGGUUCGAGCGGGACCUCUCGGAAGUGCAGGAAGGCAUCAUCCCGCGGGCGGUCCGGCACCUGUUCGAGGGUAUCACCCAGCUGCAGGAAAACCCGUACGACGACGAUGGCGUUUUCCUCGGCUCGCUCCAGUUCAGUGUUGCCGCCCAGUUCAUGGAGCUGUACAACGAGGAAAUCAUCGACCUGCUGGAUCCGUACAGCAAAGGCCGUAUCUACAAAAUCCACGAGGACGCCAGCGGGGGAAUUUCCGUCGCUGGCGCCACCAUCAAACCCCUUACCGGGCCACAGGAUGCUAUGCGUUGCCUGCAGCAGGGUGCAUUGGCCCGAACGACGGCCUCCACCCAAAUGAACGAGCAAUCCUCCCGAAGUCAUGCUCUCUUCACCAUCCUCAUCAGGCGGCAGCGAGUAAUGAGUGCCGAGGAAUGUGGCAACCCAGAAGGCGAUCUGGAAACGCUAACGUCCAAAUUCCAUUUCGUAGAUUUGGCCGGCUCAGAGCGGCUCAAACGAACCGGUGCCACCGGAGAGCGGGCCCGGGAAGGAAUCUCAAUCAAUUGCGGUUUGCUGGCUCUGGGCAACGUGAUAUCUGCACUCGGGGACAAAGCUAAAAAAGUGACACACGUACCGUACCGAGAUUCGAAGCUGACCCGAUUGCUGCAAGAUUCUCUGGGUGGAAACAGUCAAACGAUCAUGAUUGCAUGCGUGUCGCCGAGUGAUCGAGACUUUAUGGAAACCCUCAACACCCUCAAGUACGCGAACCGGGCCCGUAACAUCAAAAACAAAGUACAAAUCAAUCAGGACCAGAGCUCGCGUACGAUCUCACAGCUGAGGCGUGAAAUUGCGGCACUACAGCUGGAGCUGCUCGAGUACAAACAGGGUAAGCGUAACAUUGACUCCGAGGGUAACGCAGCUAUUUCGGAUACCUUCCUGGAAAAUGCUAUGCUGAUGCAGGACAACAAAAGACUUCAGCAGCGGUUGAAGGCGAUGCAGGAAACCAUCAAUACUCUGACGGACAAGAAUGCCACCCUUCAGGCUCAGUAUGCGCUGUCCGGCUGGUCGUCUGGAAGUACAGCUGGCCACGGAAGUGGUGGGGAAAAUAGCGGUGAAGAUGGCGAUGGAGACGGAGGUCGACAUUCAGCUAUGCAGCAGCUCGUCGCGGGUUACAUUAGUGAAAUUGAAAAGUUGAAGGCCAAGCUUAUCGAAUCGGAACAAAUGUUCCAGCAGUUGAAGAAGGCCCAAGCUAGUCCAUCCAAGAUCGCAUUGAAAAGCAAUUAUUCGUUUAUCGAAAAUACUACGGAAACGGUAAUCAAUAUGGCGAAAAGGGAGUUGGAAAAGGAACGGGAGUUGUUGAUGUCCCGAUCCUUACCGGGUUUGGAGAAUGAAAGCAGUCAAAAUAGUUUGAUUGAUGAGGCAACCGAUACAGACUCGGAUACCGAGUCGGAUGAUAAAACUGGAGAAUUACAGGCAGAGAUUUAUGAUAUCAGCUCGGAUAUCGAGAUCAAAACUAAAUUGAUCGAGCAGUUGGAGCUAUCCCAGCAGCGAAUGCAGGUGAUGCGCCAACAGUAUGAGGAUAAGUUAAAUGUGUUGAAUGCUAAAAUUGUGAGUACUCAAAAAGAGCGUGAUCAAGUACUAGCAAACAUGAGUGGACCAGGUGUUUCGAGUGGAGGUGUUCCAAACGAUCGAGUUCGUAAGGUGAAAGAGGAAUACGAAAGGAAGUUGAAUGAAAUGCAGCGAGAGCUGCGAAAGUUACAGAUGGCACAACGUGAGCACUUGCGGCAGCAGAGGGAACUGCAGGCGCAGGAUGCUCAACUGAAAACGCUUCGAGGUGAACUUACCGAAUUGAAGCAGAUAAAGAUACGCUUAAUGAGGAAGAUACAGGAUGAGAACAAUAAGCACAAAGAAUUGGAAAGUCGUAAGACGCGAGAGAUUGCUCAACUGAGAAAGGAAAGUCGCAAACAGGUCAACAUGAUAAAAUCGCUACAAGCUCAAGGAGCAGCCAAGGAUCAGGUUCUGAAACGGAAAACUGAAGAAGUUUCAAAUUUACGUAAAUCACAACGCGGUGUCAUGAGUAUGAAAGUCGCUGGUCGAUUUCCGAACAACAAAUCAAAUGCUUUACAAAAUACGAAGAAUCUCAAUACAAAAUGGGACAUGCUCCAAAGGACUAUAACUAGAGCUGCCAGGAGUCGACAAGCAGUCCUCGAGCUGGAACGAGAGCUUGAGCGACUGCUACAGGAAAGAGAUGGCCUUAGUCGUGACCUCGCAAAUAUUCGCUCCAGACGCGGUCUCGGCGAUCCAGCAGAACUUGUGUCCGAAGAGGACACCGUCAUGGCUAACAUGAACUACAUUCAGGAAAACAUUACCCAAAUUCAACAUUCCAUUAUGGAACUGGAAGAGGGCAAAGAAUCGGCGUCGGAACAGCACCAAAUGCAAAACAUUCUCGAGAGCAUCCGUUCGAUGGAGGAAGCUAAAUUUGUGCUGGAAAAGUUAACCGGUGCCUCGAUUUCUCAUGUAUGCGAUGCGGCUGUCACCCAGACACGGUUGAAAGAGCGUGAAGCAUUGCUCAACGAAGUUCAGCAGGAUAGCAGCAUCCAGCAGCAGCUGUUGCAGCACAUUUUGUCCAAAACGCCGGCCGCUACGCUAUCGGAUACCAGCUUCAGUUCGGCCAAUUCCAACAACAUGACCAUUAAUUCGAUGUUGCAUUCGGCUGUUCUGUCCAACGGUGAUGGUGGCAAUACGUCCGGCUACGAUGAUCGCUCCGAGGAAAAUGGGCAGUACGUUAUUAACACCCGCACGAGGAGCCCAUCGCCUAGCAGCAGCACCGAGAUCGAUAACGAUAACAUUGUCACCUACAGAAACUCCUCCAAGCUAAGACGAAGACCCUCGGCCGUCGGUGGCUCAGACUCUAGCCCGGGUGGUGGUCGGGGCUACCUGCCGGAGGUUGUGUCAGGUGGUUCCCCGACGACCGUGGCCCUCGGGAACAAACUAGAGAAAGUGGGUAUUUGUAUUUAUAUGGAGGAUUCGGCAGAUGACGAUGACACGAACAAACAUUCUCCGCAGGACGAGAAUGGUGGCGGCUACAACUUUGGUGCCAGUUCAAUGAGCGGGGCUGGCAUGACCCGUUCCUACACAGCCGCCUCAUCAUCGGUGGAACCGACUUCACUGCCUGUGGCCACCAGUCACACCGCAGGUGUUGGCAACGGAAGUGCUUCUGCCUCUGGGCGCAGCUUUAUUCCCCUGUCGCGAGUACCAAGUGCUCCAGGCUCCCUGAAAGGACUUCAACCAGUGCCAAGCAUCUCCCGCCAAAAUAGUACCGCUUCGCCGCUGCUGACGCGCAAAUCGUUCGAACCAGUGGCGCCAUCUUCGCCACGGAUCUCCCGGCGGGCCUUCCCGAACAAAACCUCGCCCGGCAUUGAGGAUAGUUACGGGGACACGCCCACUUCGCCGCCGGUGUUUCGUCGGGGCACCUCCCGGGAUGACACAACCGGGGAUGUAUUUUCGCGGUUGGGAGCUGGAACGCAAGAUCCUUCACCUGGAGGUCACAUUAAGGAGUACACUGGAAGGCUCAAGGCCGGAUCUCCACUGAUCUGUACGCAUGUUGUGGAGGGUCACAGCAACUCGGUUCUCUCGAUUCGGGUUUCCAAUCAAACGCUAUUCACUGCUGCUGCGGACCGCACGGUAAAGGUAUGGGACUUACGAACCGGUGCGACCCCCCAUUGUCUAACGGGCCAUCUUGGUCCGGUGGCUGCCGUCGAGUGCGACCGUACCAAUAAUCUCCUGUUUUCCGCCUCUGGUGCCUUCAUCAAAGUUUGGGACCUCAGAGACAGUAACAUCCGGCCAAUUAUUACCUUAUGUUCCUCAGGAUCAAUUCUUCCGGCGAAUGCCUCGCUGUCGGAUCUCAUACCUGGUGAGUGCUCGAUUACGGCGCUCAAACUCGGUGCCUCCGGGAAGCUGUACACGGCCGCCUCGGAUAAAGUUCGCAUCUGGGAUCUGCGGACGUUUUCCUGCCUCGGGCGACUUUCCGGUGGCCAUCAGGCGGCUGUUAUGUGUCUUACGGCCUGGGAGGGACCCAACAAUACUGAUCUGGUGGCAACCGGCUCGAAGGACCACUACGUCAAGGUGUUCGAAGUCAAUUCUCUGGGUGGGAAUGUCCCCCCGUUGCUUAACCUGGAACCCCCGCACUACGACGGGGUCCAGGCCCUGGUUGUGGCAAAAGACGCCGUCGGCAUUGAUGCCGAGUUGUUUUCCGGGAGCCGAGACUCCGGUAUCAAAAGGUGGGACCUGCGAAACGGAGAGCUCAAGCAGUCGCUCAACAAUGCCCACAAAGGGUGGGUCUCCGGGAUGGCCAUCUACGGAGACAUUCUUCUUUCUAGCUGUCGUGGUGGCGUUAUUCGCCUAUGGAAUGUUAAAAAUUGUGACAGUCUAGCCGAGAUGAAGACGGAUCAAUCGAUCAACGAUAUCGUCACCAGCGACAAUCGAGUCUUCACCGCCUCAAACACCGGAAUAGUUCGGAUGUGGCGUUUCUCCGGCAGCGUCUCCGAUCUGCUAAACGGUGCUGAAGGUGGUGGUGUUGGUGGUGGGGCAUCCGUGGUAGGCGGUAAUAGCAAGCUUAAACGUUAAUCGACCGCCAUUCCUAACCGCAACCGCAACGAUCAGAAGCAGUAGUACUAACAAACAGCGCAAUUUAAUACCCAGCCACGAGCUAACUGAGCUAUUGACAGUAUUAACGCAUUUUAACAGAAACACAGCUAGUAACAGCAAUUAGAAAAUAUCAUGCCCAGCAAGCUUUACUAAACUAAUCGUAUGAUACUUCGAUCGAUGCAAAAAAAAACAAGCCAGAAAGUAGCUCAGGUGAGAUUAUAGUAUUUAGGAUUUGCUCUAGUAGCGACGGCUUCCUAGUUGAGGAUUCCAAUUAAAAAGUAUCACGUCCUUUUAAAAUGAUAUCAGAAACAAAAUCACUGACAAACUUAUUGGCAUAUGAAGAGUCUUAUUAUCGUGUGAGCUUGCUGGAAUAGAAAAGACUAACCAAAUUGAUAAAGGUUUAAGUAGGUUUAAGGCUUGACGAAUGGAUUACUGUAGAAAUUGAUGUUAACAGUAUUAUAUCUAGCUUUACUUCUAAAAUCGGCUUUUUUCACGGGAUUUUUAUUGGCAGUUCAAUUAUUCAUCCCGGUUCUGACGACAGCGUUUUGAAGCAACCUCUCCAGGAUAUUGAUCCUUCAAAGAUAAUCUGUGGAUCUAAGAUAUGUUCGUUUAUAAUUUUCAUGAAAAUUAAGUUAGCAAAGAAACAACUUUCUUGUAAAUUUUCGAAAAUGUGCAGUAAUCCAUUUUCAUCAAGAUCUUAUGUUUAGGAGAAAAAAGGUGUACGAUCGAUUACGAGCUUUGUGAAAUUGAUAUGAACAGACUGGUUAGAAGCAAACUUCAAGUUUGCCACUUUCAGGUACAGGACAAAACAGAAUUGGAAAACAGGUUAGCUAAGGAACAGACGGAAUAAAGCACACAUUUUACUGAGGAAUCAAUUUUAAACUACUAAACUUCGAACAGGAAGAAGCUAUUUAUAUCUAUCAAUUGAUAUGUGUUGAGAUUGAUUCUGACCUAUUUCUAACAUUAGCCUUUUCUUAUAUUUUUUCGGUUUUUGCUUAAAUUUUUUGUUUGUUUUUAUUUCAAUUACUAUCCAUUUUUCGAACAAAAGGUUAUGGGCUAAACUCAUCAUUUGGUUAAUGUUCGUAGUGUGGAGCUUAGAGAUGGUAGUGUUCUUUUUCUGUCCUCUCAACCGGUACACCAAUUGCGGUAGCAGGGAUGCUCAUCGUGUCUAAUCUAGCCAACAAAUAAACAAUAAAAAUGGUGGGAUUUUUACAAAUCAUCGAAAUCGAUGGCAAAGUGCGUCUAUGGCGAGUAUCGUCCGCAAUACGGCGGUUUAGCGCCGAGAACAGAUGACGCCAGAGCACGGAAGCGAUGCUGGAUCGAAUGUACAGCCAGUACAACUCUGCAACCAGUUUGCGGAACAUUCAUUCAGCAUCGACUUCCGUGGCUCUGACGACUUCUGGUGGUUUUGGAGGAUACCAUCAUCAGCAACAAGGCUACUACGAUCCGGUACCGCCACCGGUUCCGGAACGACGGCGGCCCCAGUCCAGUUCGCCUUCCUCGUCGUCGAUGUCGUCAACGGUAGCUGGAGCAUCAGGAGCAGGACCAGGAACAGGACGCAUCCCGAACCUUGCUCCGUCUCAUUCGUUCAGUUCGGCAGCUCCUUCGACGUCUUCGAUACGUAACAGUCGCCUCUAUCGGAGUCUGAAUCAAAAUUACAUGGGAAUUUUAAGCCGUGUAAACAGCAGAAGGUAGGAGGCUAACGAAACUCGAAUUUCGUUUUUAACCUGUGGUGGAACCCCCUUUUCCUGAGGGGUUCAAUGUUUUUUUUUUUUGAGGUUUUGUAAUUUUUGCAACAGUAUCCAAUUAUCGUAGAAAACGGCCAGAUCACAUAGUUGGUGACACAACCGCAUAAUAAUAGUGUGGCCUUUUGUAAAGGGAAACUCUAAUCGGAACCCUAGGUCCCCGCCAGGUUAAUAGAUAGACUUAUUAGCUACUACUAUUUUUUCUAAAAGAACUUUUUCUAAUAGAUAGAAACUGUACGUGUACGCGUUAGGUAAGGCAAUAAGAUACAUCUUUUUAAAUCAAAUUUUACAAAACAGGGUUUCAAUUGUGUCAAAAGAGACUUCCACUUAAAAUGUCGAAAAUAUUUGAAAUCGAACAGUCUACGGUUUGAUGCGGAGGUUUGUGCGUACAAUUUAAUUUUCAAAAUUCAGAAUUAAGACUGGAGACUGGAGAUUCAGAAUUCAGCUUUUCAAUCAAAAAAUCAGACUUCAUAUUUCAAAUUCCAAAUUUCGAUUCGAACUCUUCUGAUACCAAUUUCAAAUUCAGGGAACACAUUAAGUUUCAGAAUUCUUAGUUCAGAAUUAAGAAUUUGAAGUUCAGAAUUCUUAUGUUGGAAUUCAGAAUUUGGAAUUCAAAUUUUAGAGUUCAGAGUUCAGAAUUCAGAGCUAAGAACUUUGAAUUCUGAACUUAGAUUCCAGAAUGCUGAAUUCAGAGCUCAGAAUUCAGAUCGUUCAAGAAUUCGGAAGGCAAUUCACAGUUCAAGAUUCAGAGUUCAGAAUUAAGAGAAUUAGAAUAGUUCUAAUUUCAGGGUGAAGAAUUCUGAAUUCAGAAUUCAAAGUUCAGAAUACGGAAUUCAAAAUUUAUAAACCAGGAUUCAAAUUGCAACAUUCUUAGGUCAGGAUUGAAAAUUCAGAUUCAGAGUUCAAUAUCAUUUAAGAUUUUCGAUAUUAAAAUUAAGAGUUCUAAACUUAAAGUUCAGAAUUCAGAGUUCAAACUUCAUAUUCAGAACUCACAGUUCAAAAUUCAUAAUCCAAAUGAGGAAUUUAGAAUUCUGUUUCAAAUAAUGAGUAUUUAAAUUUUGAAUUUAGAAUUUAGAUUCAAAACUUUAGAUUCAGAUUUCAAAUAAUAUACAAAAUAAUCAAUUCUUUCGGAAAACUCCCAAAAAAAUAAUACCAUAACCUUUAAUUUACACCUUAAAUUUGAGAUUCAGAAUUCAGGUUUCAAAAUCAGAAUCAGAUUAAGAAUUCAAAUUCUUAACUUAAAUUCCGAUCCAGAAUUUCAGAUUUUCAGUUGCAGAAUUCAUAUUUAGAUUCCAGAAGCAAAACAAAUAUGGUAAAAAAGCUGUUGAGAUGCUUCUGGGAUUGAUAUAUUGUCAUCAAAAUUCACUAAAUUGUUGUGGAUUCAAGUAAAUCUGCAUUUUUUGCUUAGUUAAUCCUUUUUUGAAAAAAGUAGUUUGACAAAAUAAUCGUUCAAUUAAUAAAUUCACCCAAAAGUCGUUUUUACAAUUUUCAUGUGCUACGCACAACCGUAGACUUUCAUAACUGAUGAAAUUACACAGAGCGUACGAUCAAAAAGAGAAAAAGCUUUAACAGAAAACGGUCUACGACAGGAGCAAUAAUUCGAAAAUAAUGACAAAUACCAAGUGUAUUAACACACCCCACUCUUUAGCAUAGGAAUUUGAUAGUCGAUCUAUUCUCUAGGAACAAAUUUGCUACUGAACAAUAAUAAAAAAGAACUGUUUAACUCCCGAAACCUUAUAAGUUUACACCAAAAGUAAGACGUAAUUCAGUAUUCUGUUUUUUAAGGUUCUUUCAGUUAAUUUUAACCUACCCAUUUUAGUAUUGGAAAGCUCUCAGAACUGGAACUGAAACUUCGUAUUUCUAUUCUGUUAUCAAUCCAGUUAGUCUUCUACACAUCUAUAAAUAUUGAGUUCAACUUCAACUCAUAAUACAUACAUACACAAAGAACAGGCCCAAAUUUGAUUGGUUGUGAUCAUAGUUGUUAAGAAAGUGUUAGAAAAAAAAAAACAAAAGACAGAUGAUUAUUAUUUUUACACAGUUUUUUUCAGAUUGUUUAGUUUAUUUUUCCUUUAAUUGUUUACAUUUUUUUAACUCACCCAACGACUUAUUACUUUGUAAUAACCAUCGGUUUUUGAAUAUACACACAUACCUACUUUCCAUUCAGUAUUUCUACAGCACCAGUUUUAUUUGCAAAGCUACUGCCCGUUCGGUAUUUACGUUCCGUUUCGAGUGCUUAAUAGUUAUCGUUUGAAAUAAUAAUUAGUAUCUAGGAUUUACCUUAAUUAGAGUCAAUCUCAACGCAUAUAUUAAAUUCGUUCCACUUAAUCAUAUAUUUUAGUGUAUAUUCCUAUAAACCAUAUCUUUGUGGAAUAAUAUUUAACACAGUUCCAAAUGUAUUAAUUGCGCUAUCAUUAGAUACUGUAGAGAGCGACUUAUAAGUAGGUGAGUUUAUAGUAAUUAAAGCAACAAAAAAAUCUAACCAGUAACAAAUCUGAUGUUCUAACAGGUUUUGUGCGCGGUAUCUUUAACGUUAGGAAUAGCUGAACUGUGAAGGGUGAAAGACAGAAACUAAUUAAACAACAACAGAAAAGUGAACACCUAUCUAAUCUAGUUUACGAACGAACAAAACAAGCAGCCUACAUAGCAAUAGAAGAGUGCUGCUGCUGACCUCUCGUGUUGGCAGUUGAAUCUAACGAUGGUUUACUGAGUAUAUAGAAUAGGAAAUUAACACAGGAAAAUUAAACAAAUACAUAAACAAUGCAUUGUUUGCUCAUUUA